UUCUCUUUCCCUCGCUGUCAGUCAACUCCAACCGCCUCUCCCUACCAAUAAUAUUUCCCGGAAAAUCCCAAAAAGAAUAGAAUUCCCAACUCGUAGAUUCCCCUGCCGACGAAAACCAUGUCUCUCCCAGCCAUUCUCGCCGUUCUCGUCCUCCUUUCACCGUUCUCCUUCGCCGUCGCCGACGACGAUACCCGGUCGGCCUACGACGUCAUCCAGGACUUCAACUUCCCGAUGGGGAUUCUCCCCAAGGGCGUCACCGGCUACGACCUCGACCGGAGCACCGGCAAGUGGGCCGCCUAUUUCGACGGCGCGUGUAGCUUCGCGCUCGAAGGCUCGUACCAGCUCAAGUACAAGUCCACCAUCACCGGCACUAUCUCCGAGAACAGGCUCAAGGACCUGACCGGAGUCAGCGUCAAGGUCUUGUUCCUGUGGCUUAAUAUCGUUGAGGUGUCUCGGAGCGGCGACGACCUGGAUUUCUCGGUGGGGAUCGCUUCGGCGUCGUUUCCGAUUGACAAUUUCUACGAGUGUCCGCAGUGCGGGUGUGGAUUGAACUGCAGCCCUGCGCCGCCUCAAGUAAGGAAGAUUAAGAUGAAAAAAUCUCUGGUUUCUUCUAUUUGAAUGAGAAACUGGAUUUGUAGGGAGAUGUUGUUAUACAAUUCGAAUGGUGUUUGAUUAUGGUUUAAAGAUUUUGAAAGCGUUUAGUUCUUAUGCUUUGCUAUAAUUGUGUUUGUUUGCAUUUAUGGUUGUGGAAAUAAAUUGAGAAAAUUGGAUUGUGA